AUGGUCUUGCCGUGUCGACGUCUCAAACGUCUCUCUCUCUCUCUCUCUCUCGCCCUUUGCCCACCAACGAAGCAAAUAUUGAUUCUUUCUCUCUAUGUGUUGUGUCAGUGUGUGAAAAUUCACAGUCGAAACAUGAAUUAGAAAGGUGAUUAGAAUGAGUAACUGAUUUCUGCAGAUUCUGGUUGAGUUGGUAGCAAUUUGGGGACGAAAUUUGGCAGGCAAGUGAUUUUCUUCUCCUCGCGCGUGAUUUGAAUAACCGCGGGGCUAAGGAAGAUGUCUAGUUUUGUGGGUGUUCUUGUUUCUGAUCAGUGGCUUCAAAGCCAGUUCACGCAGGUUGAACUCCGGAGCCUCAAAUCCAAAUUUAAUUCAUUGAGGAAUCAGAAUGGUAAAGUUACUGUUGGUGAUUUGCCACCUUUAAUGGCGAAACUAAAGGCUUUCAGUGAGAUGUUCAACGAGGACGAGAUUAGAAGGAUAUUGGACGAGUCAGAUUCUGAUAAGAGUACUGAGAUUGAUUUUGAAGGCUUCCUCAGGACAUAUCUGAAUUUGCAAGCUCGAGAUACGACCAAAUUGGGUAGUUCAAAAAACUCCUCGUCGUUCCUCAAGGCCACCACAACCACCCUUCUUCACACUAUAAUUGAAUCAGAGAAAGAAUCUUAUGUUGCUCACAUCAACAGCUAUCUUAGGGAUGAUCCAUUUUUGAAGCAGUUUCUCCCUAUGGAUCCAGCUACAAAUGCUCUAUUUGAUAUUGCAAAAGAUGGAGUUCUUCUCUGUAAGCUUAUCAAUGUUGCUGUGCCGGGUACAAUAGAUGAAAGAGCUAUCAACACGAAACGAGUACUCAACCCAUGGGAAAGAAAUGAGAAUCAUACACUUUGCCUCAACUCUGCUAAGGCUAUAGGUUGCACUGUAGUUAAUAUUGGCACCCAAGACCUGGUUGAAGGAAGACCUCAUCUGGUACUUGGGUUGAUUUCUCAAAUUAUAAAGAUCCAACUAUUGGCAGAUCUCAACCUUAGGAAGACACCUCAGCUUGUGGAAUUGGUGGAGGAGAGCAAUGAUGUUGAGGAGCUUAUUGGAUUAGCCCCUGAAAAGGUCUUAUUAAAAUGGAUGAAUUUCCAUCUCAAGAAAGCAGGCUACAAGAAACCUGUGACAAAUUUCUCCUCUGACUUGAAGGAUGGAGAAGCCUACGCUUACUUGCUAAACGUCCUUGCACCAGAGCACUGUAGUCCAGCGACGUUAGAUGCUAAGGAUCCUGCUGAGAGAGCUAAUUUGGUACUUGAGCAUGCAGAAAGAAUGGACUGCAAAAGAUACUUAACCCCAAAAGAUAUUGUUGAAGGUUCACCCAACUUGAAUCUUGCAUUUGUUGCACAAAUAUUUCAUCAAAGGAAUGGCUUGUCAACAGAUAGCAAGAAGAUAUCCUUUGCAGAAAUGAUGACAGAUGAUGAGCAAAUAUCUAGAGAGGAGAGAUGCUUUCGGCUAUGGAUCAACAGUCUUGGAAUUGCUUCUUAUGUUAAUAACUUGUUUGAGGAUGUUAGAAAUGGAUGGACACUUCUAGAGGUGCUAGACAAGGUUUCUCCGGGAUCAGUUAACUGGAAGCACGCAACAAAACCUCCUAUUAAAAUGCCAUUUAGAAAAGUAGAGAAUUGCAACCAAGUUGUUAGGAUCGGGAAGCAGUUAAAAUUAUCACUAGUGAAUGUGGCUGGAAAUGAUAUUGUGCAAGGGAAUAAGAAGCUUUUACUAGCUUUUUUGUGGCAGUUGAUGAGGUUUAAUAUGCUUCAACUCUUGAAGAACUUGAGAUCCCGCUUUCAAGGAAAAGAGAUUACAGACACAAAUAUCUUAGAUUGGGCAAACAAAAAAGUGAAGAGCACAGGCAGAAAUUCUCAAAUGGAGAGUUUUAAGGAUAAGAACCUUUCAAGUGGAUUGUUCUUCCUUGAGCUUCUCAGUGCGGUGGAGCCAAGGGUUGUCAAUUGGAAUCUUGUCACAAAGGGAGAAAGUGAUGACGAGAAGAAGUUGAAUGCUACUUAUAUAAUUAGUGUUGCAAGAAAGCUUGGAUGUUCGAUUUUCUUGUUGCCUGAAGACAUCAUGCAGGUAAACCAAAAGAUGAUGCUUACUCUUACAGCUGGCAUCAUGUACUGGAGCCUUCAGCAACAAGUGGAAGAGUCCGAGUCGUCUCUGUCCCCUGCUACUGCAACUACUCCUGAUGCAUCCCCAGCGCCGUCUAUUGAUGGUGAAGAUGAAAGCUCCCUGAGUCCAUUCCCUGCUAUUGCUGCUGCAAGUCCCGACGCAUCCCCUGCACCAUCUGUCAAUGGUGAAGAUGAGAAGUCCAUAGUCGGUGAAAGCUCUCUAGGUGAAGUCUCAAACUUGACACUUGAUGAUGCAGCUUCUGAUACCACAGUCUCCUCAGAGGUUGAAAACAAAGACACCCCACAACAUAUUGAACCAUAGUUUGCAAGUUUUUCUCUACAGGACAUUGCCAUGAAAACAAGGGAAGAAAUAAUGAAGGAAAAUAACAAGAAGAAGGAAAAAUAAUUUUGUUUCUCUAUAAGGUAGGCAGUAUGAUAGAUACUGCUGCUGCAAAUGAAAAACAAAAAGCAGCAGCACUUUGUUUGUGGUCCAAAAUGGGGAAGAACUCUGUAAAAUAUGUUGCUUUUGAGAUAUAUUUUCCUGUCUUACUUUUUUUGUAAACUUUCUUUUUGACCCCUUGUGAUUUUCAGUUCUUUUGUAUUGAGUUUCUUUGCGGAGAGAGAUGUAUCUGACAGUAAUUUCGUUGAUCAUGUUAAGUAGUAAUAAUCAUACUAAUGAUCAAAAUUUCGUUUAUGUACAUAGUUUUGG